GAUGCAUUUUUCAAAACAAAUGAUGUUUCAGUCUUUCUUUUGUUCAGCUCAUCCCAGGCUUUGUCAUGACUGUUUCCUACACUCUUGAGGUGGCAGAUGUCAAGUUCGCUGGCUUUUCUAAGCUGCUCUUCCGCUGGAAGGGCAGCAUAUACAAGUUGCUCUACAAGGAGUUCAUUGUCUUCUGCUUAUUAUAUAGUUCCAUCAGCAUUGUUUACAGGUGCUGCCUUAAUGAAAGACAACUAAAAUUGUUUGAGCAAACAGCACUCUACUGUGACUCCAACUCGAAUUUCAUCCCCAUGUCUUUUGUUCUGGGUUUUUAUGUCACACAGGCAUUUAAUCGCUGGUGGGGUCAGUACACAAGUUUCCCGCUGCCUGACAACCUGAUGAUGGUGGUGUCAGGUAAUGUCCAUGGGACAGACGAGAGGGGCCGCCUACUCCGCCGGACGCUGAUGAGGUACGCUAACCUGUCCUCAGUCCUCAUCCUACGCUCCAUCAGCACCCGUGUGCGCAGACGCUUCCCAACACUGGAGCACAUCGUGGAAGCAGGCUUUAUGACUGAGGAUGAGCAGAAGCACCUUGACCAUUUGUACUCGGACUUCAACAAGUACUGGAUGCCACUUACGUGGUUUUCGAACCUGGCCUCUCAGGCUCGGGAGGAGGGCCGUGUGCGGGACGACGUAGCGCUCCGACUGCUCAUGGACGAGCUGAACAAGUACAGGGGAAAAUGCAGUAUGCUCUUCCAUUAUGACUGGAUAAGCAUCCCGCUGGUCUACACCCAGGUGGUAACUGUAGCAGUGUAUUCUUACUUUGCCUUCUGUUUGAUUGGACGUCAAUUUUUAAACCCAAAACAAGAAUAUCCUGGUCACACUCUGGAUAUGUAUGUCCCGGUCUUCACCUUGCUGCAGUUCUUUUUCUUUGCUGGCUGGCUCAAGGUUGGGGAGCUCAUUAUAAAUCCAUUUGGGGAGGAUGACGAUGACUUUGAAACAAACCAGCUUAUUGAUAGGAACAUUCAGGUAUCAAUGCUGGCUGUGGAUGACAUGCAUCAGAACCUUCCCCACUUAGAAAAGGACAAAUACUGGGUGGAAAAGUGUUUCACUCUUCCCUACACCCCAGCCACAGCAGAGGGGACCCUCAAACCAGCCUUUAUGGGUUCUACCUAUGAUAUGAGGUUUGUUGGGGAGGACAGCUCAGAAACCAGCAUCCACAGCUCUGUGGUGGACAAAUACCUGCCCAUCACUGUAUGGCCCCAGUCUAAACUCAAAGGCAAGACGCACAGAGGGGUAACGCUUCUGUGCUUCCCUGGAAAGGAUUCAAAUGCCAGAAAUACCAAGGCUCACUGCAAGAACGCUGGAGAGGUCCAGGAGUGUGAUGUACAAUACGUUCAGGAGGGCGAGGACAUAUGCCAUCAGAUACCUUCAGAGGACCAAAAUGAUCCUAAACUGGACUAA